AUGGAGGCGGUCCCUUUUUCAGAGAGCUACCCAGCUGUGGAAAAUGAGCAUCUUCAAGAGACUCCGGAAUCCAACAAUAGCGUAUAUACUUCCUUCAUGAAGUCUCAUCGCUGCUAUGACCUGAUUCCCACAAGCUCAAAACUGGUUGUAUUUGAUACUUCCCUUCAGGUGAAGAAAGCUUUCUUUGCUUUGGUGACUAAUGGUGUCCGGGCUGCCCCUUUGUGGGAUAGUAAGAAGCAGAGUUUUGUGGGCAUGCUGACCAUCACUGAUUUCAUCAAUAUCCUGCACCGCUACUAUAAAUCAGCCUUGGUGCAGAUCUAUGAGCUGGAAGAACACAAGAUAGAAACUUGGAGAGAGGUGUACCUGCAGGACUCCUUUAAACCACUUGUCUGCAUUUCUCCUAAUGCCAGCUUGUUUGAUGCUGUCUCUUCAUUAAUUCGAAACAAGAUCCACAGGCUGCCAGUUAUUGACCCGGAAUCAGGCAACACCUUGUACAUCCUCACCCACAAGCGCAUCCUCAAGUUCCUCAAGUUAUUUAUCACCGAGUUCCCCAAGCCAGAGUUCAUGUCUAAGUCUCUGGAAGAGCUACAGAUUGGCACCUAUGCCAACAUUGCUAUGGUCCGCACCACCACCCCUGUGUACGUGGCUCUGGGCAUCUUUGUACAGCACCGAGUCUCAGCCCUGCCAGUGGUGGAUGAGAAAGGGCGUGUGGUGGACAUCUACUCCAAGUUUGAUGUUAUCAACCUGGCAGCAGAAAAGACCUACAACAACCUAGAUGUGUCGGUGACCAAAGCCCUGCAACAUCGAUCACAUUACUUUGAGGGUGUUCUCAAGUGCUACCUACAUGAGACUCUGGAAACCAUCAUCAACAGGCUGGUAGAAGCAGAGGUUCACCGACUUGUAGUGGUGGAUGAGAAUGAUGUGGUCAAGGGGAUUGUAUCCCUGUCUGACAUCUUGCAGGCACUGGUGCUCACAGGUGGAGAGAAGCCCUGA